CUUACGACUGUAAGCAUGUCUGCAUCUAAAGUCAAUAUAACGCAUUCAACCACAUAUAAGCAGAAAUACGCUUGGUUAAAGUUCCGAUGGUUCAUAUAUUUACUUUCGUUUGUGCAUUUAGUGACGAUGGCUAUAAGAUUUUUAAUUGAGAAAGAUUUUGAAAACUCUGAAGAUGUUACAAUUAGAGUUUAUGCAAAAUUUAAGUGGAAACUUAUAACUACCUGGUUUAAUUUACUAUUUUUUGUGUACAUACCCGUUUGCUUGUAUUGUGAUUGGAGAGAAUUAAAAGGAAAUGUAACGAAGCAUUUGAAAACUGUGAAGAGACUCAGGGAUUUUAUGUUCACCAGUCUGGUGCUACCGACCACAGCUUUUGCUGAUAUUCUAUUCUGGAGGCUAUGGCACCAUGACAAGGACCUGAUAGCCCCACCUGCUGUGGACUCCAUGAUACACCUGUGGGAGCAUCACUGUAUGCAUACGAUAUCACUGCUUUUUGUCAUUUUUGACUUCUUAUUUGUGAGGCGGAAACGACCCAAGAAUAUGGCUCCAGGAAUCAUUACGUUGACUUGUUUUAUUAGUUUGUAUAUUGCAGUGUGUGUACAAAGUGUUCUGAAUGAAGAAUACCUGUAUCCCGUCUUUAAGAAGUUCUCCUACACCAAAUUAUCGGUUCUGGCGAUUUACACUUACAUAUCGGUCUUGUUUUACCACACCGGCCAAUGGGUGCUUGUAGACUUAAUACACGGACAAACAGUUACACAGAAAAAACGUGUUUAUUAAAAAAAAAUAGCAGACGCCCCGCGGUUUCACUCGUGUAGUUAACGUGUAAAUACGUAAAUAAAAUAUAGCCCACGACAUUCGCAAGUUGAGAACCUCCUCCUUUUUGAAGUCGGUUAAAAAUCGGUGCAGUACAUCCAGUGCUUACCCCUUACAACAUCACAAACUGUGAUUUGUAAAACUCUCUUAUCAUUUUAAGAAAUACGGUUAUAAAUCGAUCUCCAAACUCUGAAGUUUUUUUCUGGUAAUCUGGUAAAGAUUAAAAUCUGGAAUAUCAAACAAACACAAAGGUUAUUUAAUCCCGAAAAACUAAGUUCCUGCGGGAUUGAAAAAUUCUAAAUUCAUGCAUAGAAAAUCGUGGACAUUACCUGCGUAAGCUUCGUAAAUCACCGUGUAGCUGGGUGGACAGUGAAUUUAGAUUAAGCACAGAAUACAUACAAAUAUAUGUACAUGGUUUAAGUUAUGUUUUCUUGGAUAGAGCUGAAUACUGAAUAUAAUAUUCCAACAAAAAGAUUGUGUCCCACAGAGUCUCGAUACCAGCCCCUGUAGCCAAGAGGCAGAUUCAUCAUCUCGGUUCCAACCGUUGCUUUCGAGUCGUGACGCCACCUAAAGUUGCGCCAGAAUACCAGCGCUGCAGCAAACACUGUAGCAUUAUGAUGAAGCAGCAUCCUUUUUAGCUGAUGUAAUAUUGUAUCUUUUUUUUAUUUUAUUUAAUUAUAUAUAAUAAUUACAUGAUAAAAAUUAAAAGGUGCAGACAUAAACUUGUUAAAGUUUUUCUGCGCACCCUUCGCCGUUAACAAUACUGUAAUUAAAUCUACUACUAUAUAAUACUCUAAUACUAAUCUACUAUGAACUUAAAAAUAAUUAAAAAUUAGAAAGUGAAAUCUAAUUUUACAAUUAAAACUACACAUAAUACAUAAAUACACUACGUUUAACUUAAAAACAAUAAUUAGAAACAAAAUGUAAACAAAAACAGAAAAGGUGGGUAAGAAGUGAAUAAAACUGACAUCUGAGUGAUAUUUGUAUAUACAGGCUGUUCAUAAGUUAGAUUACUGGCUGUAUAUAAGUUAGAUUAAUAACAAUUAGAAGAGACCGCACAACAGGGAGCCAAGCUUUGCAAAGUCACCAUUCAAGGUGUGUGGUCUCUCUCUAAAAAAAAAUAAUUUUUAAUUUUUGUUUAAUUUUUAUCUAGUCUUAUGUUUUUGUGUUUAUUUUUUAUAUUUAGGUAAAUUGUUUGUGUACUCAGGCUAAAUAAAUCAUUUAUUAUUAUUAUUAAUAUUCUCUUUCUACGAUCGCAAGACAGAUCUUGAUCACGUGAUCUGUCGAUAGCAAAUGUCAUUCCUAUACAUUUUUCUAGUUUCGAAGCGUUUGCGAUCGUAGAAAGAGAAUCGAUGAAUCGAUGUGCCUCUUAGCUACAGGGGCAAAAACAGUUAGCAGUAUCUAAAGAACUUAAGCAAAGGUAAGUUUAUGCCUUUCUAUUCUUAUUUAAAUUUUACGCCUACAUACUUGUAUUAUGUACUAAAGAUCGAAUAAAAUCGCGUACCUA